UCGGCUUUCUUGUGUCCAAAAGAAAAAAAACUCGAUACGGCACGCGCAGUCUCACGUACUUCUCCCGUUCUCCGUCUGCCCCACUCUCUCCUACUCCGAUCCAUCACAGGUUACUCUCUCUCUCUCUCGCUUUCUCUCACCAGCCGAUUUCGAUCUCUUGCGGAUCUCUCUAUGCCCUCUCUGCUUUUCUGGAGAUCUUUCAAAGUCAUGAGAGUGUUGCCAUAACAGAACACCAAUUGGCUAUUGAUAAAACUCCAUGGGGACUGACAAUUCUGGUCGCCAACAGUUUCCUCCUGCAAGACCUGUUGCUACACCUUUCGCUGUUGCUCCUCCGCAAAAUAUGAUGCCUUUUUCAUCAUCAGGUCCUGUGGUUGGAUCAGAGGCCUCUGGUUUCAGACCUAUUCCACCAGGUGCUCACCAGCCCAUGGUGCCUUCGUCAACACAGGUGGUUGGAUCACAGGCCUCUGGUUUUCGAUCUCCACCAAUAGCUAGGUUUAGUGAUCCAUCUGUGCCUUCUUCACCAACAUCAAAUGUUCCACCCAUUGCUGGACAAUUUCAGCGUUUCCCAGCACCACCUUUUCACUCAACAGCUCAAGCACCCCUUUCGUAUGCCCCACCCAUUGGUCGACCACUAGCCCAACCUCCUACUCCGCCAGUUUCCUUUCGUCCACAGCCACAAGUACCUCCAGUGCCAAUGGGAUCUCCACCUCAAACCGUAAAUUCUGCAGUGCCCAGCUUGAGUGCUCCUUACUCUUCAUCAGAUUCAAUGUUUCCAACUCCCAGACCAAAUUUUCAGUCAUCAUUUCCUGGAUACGUCCGUAUGCAGUCUAAUGCAGAUUCACAAGCCCCACCUAUACCGCCUCCUUUUCCCGCUCAUCAAGGAGGUUAUGCAUCAUCUGCCCCUCCACCUUCUUCCUUCCCUUAUCUUGCUCAACCAGGAGGUUAUGUUCCACAUCCACCGGUGGCAGCACCCUUGGGCAUGCAGUCAAGGGACCAAAUGCAGCAUCUUGGCUCUGGACCCCCUAGUGGUUCCAUCCAAGGUUUGAUGGAAGACUUCAGCUCACUUUCCAUUGCGUCUGUUCCUGGAUCAAUUGAUCCGGGAAUUGAUUAUAAAUCACUUCCAAGGCCAUUAGAAGGUGAUGUGGAGCCCAAAUUGCUGGCUGAGAUGUAUCCUACGAAUUGUGAUCCUAGAUAUCUACGACUUACUACUAGCGCUAUUCCAAGUUCCCAGUCUUUGGCUUCAAGGUGGCAUUUGCCUCUUGGAGCCGUAAUUUGUCCACUUGCGGAAGCUCCUGAUGGGGAAGAAGUACCAGUAGUUAAUUUCACUUCAACAGGCAUUAUUCGAUGUAGAGGAUGUCGCACAUAUGUGAAUCCAUUUGUCACAUUCACAGAUUCUGGGAGAAAGUGGCGCUGCAACAUCUGUUCUCUACUCAAUGAUGUUCCUGGUGAGUAUUUUGCCCAUUUGGAUGCCUCUGGCAGAAGAAUUGAUUUGGAUCAGCGACCCGAACUUACAAAGGGUAGCGUGGAAUUUGUUGCUCCAACUGAAUAUAUGAUGCGACCUCCUAUGCCUCCAGUAUAUUUUUUCCUCAUUGACGUGUCUAUAUCUGCAGUGAGAAGUGGUAUGAUUGAGAUUGUGGCCCAAACAAUCAGAUCUUGCUUGGAUGAGCUGCCUGGCUUCCCCAGAACACAAAUUGGAUUUGCAACUUUUGACUGUGCAAUUCAUUUUUAUAAUAUGAAGUCAUCUUUGACACAGCCACAAAUGAUGGUUGUCUCAGAUUUGGAUGACAUAUUUGUGCCAUUGCCAGAUGAUCUACUUGUCAAUUUGUCUGAAUCCAGAAGUGUGGUAGAAACGUUCCUAGAUAGCUUGCCAUCCAUGUUUCAUGACAAUGCGAAUGUGGAAUCUGCUUUUGGUCCUGCUCUUAAGGCAGCUUUCAUGGUUAUGAGCCAACUUGGGGGGAAAUUGUUAAUAUUUCAAAACACACUGCCAUCUCUUGGUGUUGGCCGCUUAAAAUUGCGUGGAGACGAUCUUCGUGUUUAUGGAACAGAUAAAGAAAACAUGUUAAGAUUGCCUGAAGAUCCAUUCUACAAGCAAAUGGCUGCUGAAUUAACUAAGUACCAGAUAGCAGUGAAUGUAUAUGCACUCAGUGACAAGUACACUGAUAUAGCCUCUUUAGGAACUCUUGCAAAAUACACUGGAGGCCAGGUAUAUUAUUAUCCAAGCUUCCAAUCUGCCAUUCAUGGAGAGAAGUUGAGAAAUGAGUUAACCAGAGACCUCACUAGGGAAACUGCGUGGGAAGCUGUCAUGCGGAUAAGAUGUGGAAAAGGGGUCCGUUUUUCAUCUUAUCAUGGCAACUUUAUGCUAAGAUCUACGGAUUUAAUGGCGCUUCCAGCUGUAGAUUGUGAUAAAGCAUAUGCGGCGCAAUUAUCUCUUGAAGAGACAUUGCUGACAACUCCGACAGUAUACUUCCAAGUUGCUCUUCUUUAUACUGCAUCUUGUGGAGAAAGGCGUAUUAGAGUACACACAGCAGCUGCACCAGUGGUGGCAGAUCUAGGAGAGAUGUAUCGCCAGGCUGAUUGUGGUGCCAUUGUUUCCUUGUUUAGCAGGCUAGCAAUCGAGAAAACAUUGUCCCAUAAGUUGGAAGAUGCACGAAAUUCUCUGCAACUAAGAAUCGUUAAAGCCCUUAAAGAAUAUCGAAAUCUCUAUGCUGUGCAACAUCGCUUGGGAGGCAGGAUGAUAUAUCCGGAGUCUCUGAGUUUUUUGCCUCUGUAUGGAUUAGCACUUUGUAGAUCAAAGCCUCUUCGUGGAGGGUAUGCCGAUGCUUCACUUGAUGAACGCUGUUCAGCAGGUUACACGAUGAUGGCUCUACCUGUUAAAAAAUUGUUGAAGCUUCUAUAUCCUAGUUUCAUUCGACUUGAUGAGUAUCUUUUGAAGGCAUCUGCUCAGGUUGAUGACUUGAAAAACCUUGGGAAAAGGUUACCGCUGGCUGCUGAGAACUUAGAUGCCAGAGGUCUUUAUUUAUAUGAUGAUGGAUUUCGCUUUGUUAUAUGGUUUGGUAGAGCCCUUUCACCUGACAUAGCUAUGAAUUUACUCGGGGCAGACUUUGCAGCAGAAUUAUUGAAGGUUAACCUUAUUGAGCGUGAUAACCAAAUGUCGAGGAAGCUGAUGAGUACACUUCAGAAAUUUAGAGAAAGUGAUCGUGCAUAUUAUCAGCAGUGUCAUCUUGUAAGACAAGGCGAACAGCCCACGGAAGGCUUCCUUUUACUUUCCAAUCUUGUUGAGGACCAGAUGGGGGGUAGUAAUGGUUAUGUCGAUUGGCUUCUACAAAUACACCGGCAAGUUCAGCAAAAUGCAUGAUAUAAUAAGUUUCAGCAAAAGCUGUCAAUAUACAGGCUUGUUCUGCAUCUCAUCUGUAAACCGAUGGGACAUUUUGUUCACAAUCAUGAUUAAUUCGAAUUCAGACAAGGGUUGCUCACAAAGUAUUGAAGGUUAUUUUGAUGAACUGGUCACCAGAAAUAUUGAACAAUUUGUUUUUUGAUCAGAGAAAUGUAAUAAUUAUGGGAGAUGUGGUUAGGGAUAUAAUCUUACAAUUUAGAAUAACUGAGCGAAUUUUGGUAUGCGUUAUAAUUAUUUUCAGCAAAUUUCC